UGUAAAGAUAUUGGAUGGCAUCUGGUUUAACGUGUUUAAACAGGGUAGACGUACUGAGAGACAUACUUUCCCUAUAAAUAAACCCUACUUUUUUACUGUGCUAUCAUGACAUGACAAAGACUUACUUUUGUUAAAUUGUAGUAAACAUUAUGCUAUAUAAUCAAGUUUUGCACCAUCCUACACACAUUUGGUUUAAAACAAACCCUGCCUGGCUUUAUACAGAUAACAACCAUCUACUAAAUGUGACACAAUUAACACAAUUGGAACCAGCAUGAAAUUCCUUGCUCUCUUGAAUCCUGCUGUAAACACCCAUUCUGCCUUUCUCAGCAAGAGCAGACAGACAACGAACAGUUUCUGAUUGCAGAGAAUACUGUAUAGUAAGCUUAAUUCGCGAUUCUCCCUAUUGGGCAACGAGACAGAAUUGGCCCAUGUUACUUUAGCUCCAGCAGCAGUGAGCUCCCAGCGCAUUUCCAUCUCCAGCAUGUCCAGGCUGGGUUCUGGCUUGGCCCCAACCGUCUAUGGCGGUGCCGGAGGCAGUGGAACUCGCAUCUCCAGGUCCUCAUCCUCAGGGUUCGGCUCCAGCUCCGGGGGGAGCUUUCAGGCGGCAGUUUUGGACGAAGGCAUCCAUCUUGAUAGCAAGCAGACCAUGAUAAACCUCAACGACCGCCUGGCUGUCUACUUGGAGAAGGUGCGCACUCUGGAGAGGGCCAACGAAGACCUGGAAGGGAAGAUCCGGCUGUUCCUGGAGAAGCACUCUCCAAUCCACCGGGAUGUGAGCAGCUAUGAAGCCACCAUUGCCGAUCUGCAAGCCAAGAUCCAGGAUGCUACUUUGGUGAACGCCCGUAUCUACCUGAGCAUUGACAACUCCAAACUGGCUGCUGACGAUUUCAGAAACAAGUAUGAGGCUGAGCUGGCAUUGAGGCAGUCUGUCGAGGCUGACAUCGCCGGACUGAGGAAGAUCCUGGAUGGGCUGACUCUGACCAGAUCCUCCCUGGAGAUAGAGAUCGAGGGUCUGAAGGAGGAGCUGAUCUGCCUCAAGAAGAAUCACGAGGAGGAGCUCAUCGGUAUACGUUCCCAGUUGAGUGGGCAAGUGAACGUCGAGGUGGAUGCUGCCCCCCAUCAGGACCUGGCGAAGAUCAUAGCUGAAAUCAGAGAGCAGUAUGAAACCAUGGUCACCAAGAACCAGAGAGAUGUAGAGGCCUGGUACCAGUCUAAGACCGAAAUCCUGACCCAGGAGAUAACCACCAACACGACAAUCCUUCAGACCAGCAAGAGCGAGGUGUCAGAGCUGAAACGCUUAGCCCAAGGCUUGGAGAUUGAGCACCGCUCUCUGCUGAGCAUGAAACAGUGUCUGGAAGGGUCCAUUGCGGACACCGAGGCUCGCUACGGCGCUCAGCUGCUCAGUUUGCAGAACAUGAUCAGAAGCUUGGAGGAGCAGAUGAUGCAGAUGAGGUCAGACACAGAGCGCCAGUCCCAGGAAUACAGGAUGCUGCUGGACACCAAGACCCGUCUCGAGAUGGAGAUCGCGGAGUACAGGCGCCUGCUGGAUGGAGAGGAGGACCGCAUCCAGGCCAACUCGCGGUCACCAGCCAGUGUCACGACGAAAGUGACGACCACCACUCAGGAGAUGGUCGAUGGGAAGGUUGUGAGCUCCUAUUCGGAGGAGGUGCAAGAGAAACUCUGAGAGAGGCCCGAGAAAUAAAGACAAGAGUCAAUGACACUCAAGAGACCUCCUUUAAAAAAAGAUUCCCAGAUCAAUAAAAUAAGUUUGGGCGUUGCAAACUGUUUAUAGUGUGCGGUUUCUUUUAUUUAUGUACCUUCUCUCUUAUAACCUGGACCUUUUUUUAUGUAAGAGGGUUCGAAAAAAACCACAAAAAAACCCAGACCAGGCGGGGGGUGAAAUGCAAGCAGG